CGCCCGGCCCCGAGCCGCGGCGCCCAUAGGGGCUGAGACGCGGCCCGGCCCCCCCCACCCCCCCGAGCCCCUCGCAGGAGCCCGCCCGCCCCUUCCCGUGCCCUGCCCGCCGCCCCGGGCCAUGCCCGGUUAGCGCCCACUGCCCGGCUGACGGCGGGGCCCGGCCGAGCCCCUUCCCCGCCGCGUCGCCCCCCCCCGGGCCGGGCCGUGCCGGGCCGCGCCCCCCCCGCCCCGCCGCGCCCGGGACGCCCCUCAUGGCCCGAGCGGCCCCGGCCGAGCUCUGAGGGCCCCGCGAGCCGUGCCCUGCCCUUGCCCUCCCCUCCCUAUGCCCCCCCCGGGGCCGCCCUGCCCCUGAGCCCCGGAGCGGCGGCCUUCUUCCUGGCGGCGGUGGCGGAGGCGCGGGAGCAGAACGAUGUUCUCGGCCCUGAAGAAGCUGGUGGGCUCGGACCAGGCUGCGGUCAGAGACAAGAACAUCCCCGCGGGGCUGCAGUCCAUGAACCAGGCUCUGCAGAGGAGGUUUGCCAAGGGAGUCCAGUAUAACAUGAAAAUUGUUAUCCGAGGGGACAGGAACACUGGGAAAACCACACUCUGGCACCGACUGCAGGGAAAGAAGUUUAUUGAGGAAUAUAUUCCAACUCAGGAGAUCCAAGUCACCAGCAUCCACUGGAAUUACAAAACCACUGAUGAUAUUGUUAAAGUUGAAGUAUGGGAUGUAGUUGACAAAGGAAAAUGCAAAAAACGAGGAGAUGGUUUGAAACUGGAAAAUGACCCCCAGGAGGCAGAGUCAGAAAUGGCUCUGGAUGCAGAGUUUCUGGAUGUUUAUAAAAACUGCAAUGGUGUAGUGAUGAUGUUUGACAUUACCAAACAGUGGACAUUUAAUUAUAUUCUGAGGGAGCUUCCUAAAGUGCCAACUCACGUUCCAGUUUGCGUGCUUGGGAAUUACAGAGACAUGGGGGAGCACCGCGUCAUUCUACCUGGUGAUGUGCGGGACUUCAUUGACAAUCUGAACAGGCCUCCUGGCUCCUCAUAUUUUCGCUAUGCUGAGUCUUCCAUGAAGAACAGCUUUGGACUCAAGUACCUGCACAAGUUCUUCAACAUUCCCUUCUUGCAGCUGCAGCGGGAGACAUUGCUACGGCAGCUGGAGACGAAUCAGCUGGAUAUUGAUGCAACUUUGGAGGAGCUGUCAGUGCAGCAAGAGACAGAAGAUCAAAACUACGAACUCUUCCUUGAAAUGAUGGAAGCCCGAAGUCGAGGACACACGUCACCACCAACAACUAAUGGGCAAAGCCCUUCCUCUGGUUCCCAGUCACCCAUAGUACCUCCAAGUUCCACAUCGACAGGCAGUUCCAGCCCUGGCACCCCACAGCCACCACAGCCUCUUUCCACAAGCUCUGCCAUCUCUCCUGAACCCCCCUCAUCUUUUUCACCAGUGCCUGCACCUGAGGCUCAGCAGCCGCAUACGCCUCUACCAGCUACCACCACUCCAGCACCUCCAGCUGCAGCCCCACCUCCGAAGCGCAGCAUCAUUUCACGUCUUUUUGGGACAUCUCCUGCGCCAGACCCCUCUCCUCCCCAGCCAGAUGCUGCUGCUACUCCUCCUUCCCGUCCUGAAGCCCCUACAAAAGUACAGAGUGUGGAGGACUUUGUUCCUGAUGACAGCCUGGAUCACAGCUUUCUAGAAGACCCAGUUCCACAGAAGGACAAAGGGAAACUACAGACUAAACACUGUAUUGAUAGUGAAAGUGAUGGAGAGGCACCUGGGGGGAACCCUAUGGUCGCAGGUUUCCAAGAUGAUCUAGACCUGGAUGACAAAAUCCCCAGCAGACCCGUGCUGGCAACAGAGCGAGUGCCCAGCAAGAAUAUCACCCUGUCCAGUGAGGAGGAGGAAGAGGUUAAGGACUCUAAGGUCAUACCCAUACCUGAUGAAAGCAUUGACACAGAACAUGAAAAAAAAAGGUCUUCCAGAAAUUCUGUGAAACCACAGAGUGAAGCAGUACUGACCAAAGCAACUGACCUGAAGCCUCCUGACAGUUUACCUCCACAUUCUGUGUCUGAAAGAAACAGCAGCAGCAAGCUCAACACUAGUACGCCAGCUGCUGCCACCACCCCAGCAGCAGUCCAGGCCCCAAAGACCACUUCCCAAAGCAAAGGACAUGCUCUCAAACAGAAAGUGGUCAAAGAGGAAAAGCCUGAGGAGUCUGACAGUGAUCAAGAGGGACCAAUAGCUACUCAAAUGCUCUCAUUUGUUAUGGAUGACCCAGACUUUGAAAGUGAGGAAUCUGACAGCCAGAGGAAGAAAAUGGAUGAAUUCCCUGUCCGGGAAGAUCUCUCUGAAAUAUCUGAUGAUGAUGCCUCGUUGGCAAAGCCACCCCAGCCUGUGAAAUCAACAGUCCACUCCUUUAAACUGAAAAAUGACUCAGAUCUCUUUGGUUUGGGUUUGGAAGAAACUGGUCCCAAGGAGAGCAGUGAAGAAGAUAAACAUGCUUCUAAGGAGAAAAAGAAGAAGAAAAAGAAAAGCAAAGAGGAAGAGGAAAAGUCUGUGAAAAAGAAAAGCAAACACAAGAAGAGCAAAGAGAAGGAGGAGAGCAAAGAGGAGAAAAAGAAAAAGAAGAAGAGAAGCAAGGAGAAAAACAAUGAGAUAGAUGAACUGGAGGCUUUUCUUGGAGGAGGAGCCAGCAUGAGCAAGCCACGAGGAGGUGGGGACUAUGAGGAGCUGUAGGCUGGCUACCUGUACAUGCAGCGGACUCUUCUGUUGUGGUUGUCUCCAUCUUUUCUUACAGGUCACACCAGGACAGAUGCAGAUGUGUAAAGCUUUUUGCCAUGUAUUCACUCAAAACAGAUCUGGCAGAACAAAAGCUUUACAUCUGUGUGUGCUGUUCUGGUGUGUUCGUUACACAAAGAAAAUGCAGCUGAGAUGUACUUGAGUAAGGGGAAGGUUUAGGGCAUGGUUCCCAGGCCCACUUCCAGGCUGUCAUUUUGUCUCCUUCCAGAGAUGCCCUGUUUGGUAGCUGGCAGGGUGUGGGGGUGAAAGGGACCUGCUUCCAGCUCCACCCCUGUUAUAUGCCACUCCUGCACACCUGAAGUUCCUGUCUUAUUAAGAGGAGUGCAACAAAACAUGCUGCAUGAAUGCAAUUGUGCUCGCCUGUCUCAAGUCUUUAACUUUUUAUUCUUCCUAUUUUUUAAUGAGAAAGGUGGUAUUGGCCAUUGCUCCACCCAGCAGUUGAUGCUUUAAAUCAAGCAGAUCAUGCUAUGAUACAGCUCUAUAAAACAGCAGCCACAGGACCAGAGAGAGAGCGUGUGUGUGAUUUUGGAGUCCUUUGAAAGGGACCUUUCUGCACAGCAGCUUAAUUAGCACUCACUGGUGUUGCUGUUGGAAUUCAUGAAGCCCCAUUGAUUUCCGUGGCCCCAGUGUCUCAGACACUACAUGUAAACUGCUAUGCAGUUUGGGAAAACAAUGCAAAGUGCAAAGCUAACUUGAAGAAGAGAGGGAAAAAACAGUGCUUUUCUGCAUUUCCCACCCUUGAAUUUGCAUACACUAGAAUCCCCUCCUUUUGGUACCUCUCAGGGACAUGACUCUCAUGGAAAUGAAGAUAUCCAGAGCUUCAGAACUGUCUACAGAGCAGCGUUAGCAUGGCAAGGCAUUUGCUUCUCAGGCAUUUUACAGUCAGGCUGUACAGCACCAACCGCCUCUCUACACUGAGAGGAACAACCACUGUAGCUCAGAUGACCUUUCCUGGUCCAAUUUGUCAAUAUCGCAGCUGUGUUUACUGGGCCAAGCCUCCCAACAGCCAGCGUGCUGCCCUUCCCUGCCCCAACUGGAGAGCCUCCUCCUAUCCCAUGAGUUUGGGAAGUCUUAAUUUUUGCUUUGAACUUGUGGAUUGGUGCCUCUUGAGCAGUGCAGGCUGCAGUUGGAUAGGCACUACAGGCCAGCUGUUCACACUUGCCUGUGUCUCAGUGAGUCACCACCAUGUUUGGUGGAGUUUGUUAGCUCUCCAUACCCACUUCUGUUUUGGUUCUGGGUCCCUUUUGCAGCUUGGACAGUGAAGCUCCCUCCAGGUUCUGUGCAUUCCAUUAGCCUGUUGCAUCCAGGUUAAUCUGAGGUCUGGUUUUGUUCUCCCUCCCCUUUCUGUUGUGAAUUGUUAGCCGUGGUAUCCAAGCUGGUAUUUGCUACUACAUCCCCACAAAGCAAGGUGUUCUUUUGAUCCAUUGUCCACUUCGGAGUUGUCUUGAACAGCAGGCAGUUAUCUGUUCUAUUUUUCUUUUUCUUCUCCCCAGCCCCCAAAAUGCACAUAUAACUGUUUCCCUAUAAAAUGAACUAAGUUUGCUGCAUGAGCAGUAUAUUGUUCAGGUCUGUUUUCCAUUAGCAUUCACUAUUUCUCUGAACAUUACUACAUUUUUUGUGACACUGUGGGGAAUUUGCAUGGGACAAUUCAAACUCUGCACGCCUGGAGAGGAAAAAGUUGACGCAACCAAAGUUUGUGGCCUCUCUUGUGAGAAGACAGGCAGGCGUUCAAGCUUCAGCUGGCUGUGUUCCUGAAAGCGCUUCUGUUCUGUAAAGAUUUUGGGUCAUGUUCCAUUUUGCAUCAAAAAAAAUCCAUUCUGACUAUAAAGCUCUGUUGUACAACUGCCUCUGUA